AUGCCUCAGAACGAGUAUAUCGAGCGCUUCACGAAGCAGCACGGAAAGCGCUUCGAUCACGAUGAGCGCCAACGCAAGAAGAUUGCCCGUGAAGGACACAAUGCCUCGAAGAAAGCGCAAAACUUCCGUGGUCUGAGGGCCAAGUUGUACGCCGAGAAGCGCAGGAAGGAGAAGAUCCAGAUGAAGCAGAAGAUCCGCGCACACGAGGAACGCAACGUCAAAUCCAACGAAGCACCCGAGCCAGCCACCGACGCGCUUCCCGCAUAUCUCUUGGACCGCAGCAACGAGAAGAAUGCCAAAGCCCUCUCUUCGGCCAUUAAGCAGAAGCGUAAUGAAAAGGCUGCCCGGUUCUCUGUCCCGCUGCCCAAGGUCAAGGGUAUUUCCGAGGAGGAAAUGUUCUCCGUUGUCAAGACGGGAAAGAAGACGAAGAAGAAGAGCUGGAAGAGGAUGAUCACUAAGCCGACUUUUGUCGGUCCAGGCUUCACGCGUAGACCUGUCAAGUACGAGCGCUUCAUCAGGCCCAUGGGAUUGCGUUACAAGAAGGCCAACGUCACACAUCCUGAACUCAACGUUACGGUCCAGCUGCCGAUCAUCUCGGUAAAGAAGAACCCUCAACAACCCAUGUACACCCAGUUGGGUGUCCUAACCAAGGGUACCAUCAUCGAAGUAAACGUCUCUGAACUCGGUCUCGUAACCGCUGGAGGAAAGGUCGUUUGGGGUCGCUAUGCACAAAUCACCAACAACCCAGAGAACGACGGUUGCUUGAACGCCGUUCUCCUCGUCUAA